CAGACAAACCCAUUUCUUUCCUCCCCAAGACUCCAGCUUAUUGCAUCUUCUUCACUCAUUUUAUUCACCUCCUUCAACCCAAAAUAUAGAAGUCUCUCCUCUCCUCUCGUCUCUCUCGGCCGUCUCUCUUCCUCUCUCUGUGACGCCGGAACAAAGACGGAUGACGGAGUGUAGUGGCGAAGCAGAUCCGACGAGAAGCAGCAGCUACCUUGCCGUCUCUCUUCUAUCUCUCGACUAGCAGAUCGACAGUUGCGGCAGCCGGCAGCUGGACAGCGGUGGUGUGGCUGGUUCCGGCGGUGUUGGCAACGCGAGUUGGACGUCGGACGAAGGUUCCAUGUAGAAGUGGUUAGUUUAAGAGUUGAGCCUAAGGUAGAGUAUUUGGCUUUUGGAGCUUAGCUGUGAGAUUGUCUGAGGAAGCCAAGAUCAUAGGUGACCCUGCUGCUUGCAUGAUGAGUGAAGGUGACACCAGAGAAAAGCUAAUUGAUGAUACAAUUGGAAAGGUCAGUGCAGAUUGUGAAAACAUGUAUGGGGCUUCUCUGCCUACAGAAAACAUUUCUGUUCAAGAUGCUGAGGUCCUGGAACCUAGGAGUUGUGAUGAACACGUUGUAUCUUCUGUUGCUGAUGACAGCUGUGCACUUGUUAUGAACUCUUUGGAGAAUGAUACAAGCCUGGGAACUGAAUUUGGGAUUCAAAAUUCUGCAUCAGAAGAAGUGUCUGCAUUGGCUGGUGGAAGUUCUCUUCAUGAUUCAAAAUCAGAAAAUCUCGACUCAGAAGCUGCUGUAGUGAAGAGCAAGUUUCUUGGUCAUGACAGCAUAUCAAGUUGUUCUCCCACAGAUUCAAGCUCUAAAACCACAUUUAGCCUGUUCACUGACAAAUCUGAACAGAAAGUGCAAGGUGGAACUGAAAUUUCAAAUGAGGGUGCUGAGCUUGCUCAUGGCCAAUCUAGUUCAACUGUUGUACAAUUAUCUGAAGUUGGGAACUCAUCUACUUCAAUCAAUAGGGACAUGCAUGGUGAUAAUACUCUUGAAUCUGGACUGGAAUCUCUGAGAAGUUCUUUUGACAACAAUGGCAGUCCACCAAACCACACUAAAAACUUGGAAGUUCAAUGUAAUGGUUCUGAAAGAAGUAGUGAAGACAAUUUGGUGUGCCAAGAAUUUGUGGUUGCUGACAAAUCUUUGUGCAAUGAAACAUUGGAUAUUUUGCUGGAAGGUUCUUCAGCUAAUGUUGCUGGACAGGAUGUUAGUACUGGGACUUUUGGAGGCUUGAAAAAGCCAUUCCAAUUCCUGAUCAAGAUGCCAAGGUUUGAUGAUGAAAAGCUUAGAGAGAAGAUCAGACUUGCACAACUACAUGUUGAUGAGAAGACCCAAAGUAGGGAUGCUAUUUGGCAGGAAAUAAAAAAGAAGAGAGCCAAUUGCCAACAUGAUGGUGUUGAAUUUGAAGCUGCCAAAUUAGAAGAGAGAGCUGCACGUAAGCUGGUUAGGUCAAAGCGUGCUGAAAUUGAGCAUCUUCAAACUGCAAUUAAUAGAGUGAAGAAUGCAAUUUCUGUUGAGGAGAUAGAUGCAAGGAUAUGUAGCAUGGAACACAUGAUAGAGCAUGAAACUCUUCCUUUAAAAGAGGAAAAGAACUUAAUUCGCGAAAUUAAGCAGCUGAAGCAGCUGCGAGAUCAAUUAUCCUCUAACAUAGGUAGUUGUGAUGAAGUCCAGCAGGCUCUGGACAAUAGAGACCAAAUUGAAGAGAGCUUAAAGAAUUUGAAAAAAGAGCUUGAUAUCCUUAAAAACAAGGUAUCAAAAGCUGAAGCAGUUGCUGUAGCAGUAAGCUUGAGAUUUGAAGAUGAAAACAAAAUGCACAAGGAAUUGCGAGUUCAGUAUAAGGCUGCUAAUGAAAUUCGCCAAGCAGCAUACGAAAACUUGCAGAAUUUGAAAAAGAUACUAUAUGAGAAGAACAACCAUUUCCGGAUGUACAAGGAUAAUGCAUCAACAGCUAGUCGUCAUGCUGAAUGCAAAGACACUGAAGCUCUUCAUCAUCUUUGUGCCAACCAGGUUGAGAAAUAUAUGGAACUCUGGAAUAGGGAUGAUGAGUUCCGCCAGGAAUAUGUGAGGUGCAACAUGAGGAGUACAGUUAGGAGAUUGGGAACAUUGGACGGUCGUUCUCUUGGCCCUAAUGAGGAUCCACCUGUUCUCCCGGUUUAUGUAGCUAAAAGAACUGAUAAAGUGAUUUCCCGUACAUCAAAAGUUGAUUUUGUCUCACCAACCUUGCCACUGCAGCAAGAAAAACAAGUAAUGCUUAUCAAGGAUGAAGGCAUAGCCAGAAAGCCUAUGGUGAAAGUGACAGGACAAAAGACUGAACGAGAGAGGAAAACUGGCACAGUGAAGUCUAAUUUGGAGAGUGCAGACAGUGUAUCUAGUUGGGAUGUAAGCAAUGACGUGAAAAGGGAAGACAUUCAAAUUCAAACAAAGGAGGAAUUGGAGUUGGCUAGGAAGGAAGAGGAACUUAAAAGGUUGGAGACUGCUGCUAGACUGAAAGAGCAACGCCGGUUAGAGGAGAUUGCCAAGGCUAAGGAGGCACUGGAAAGGAAAAAGAGAAAUGCAGAGAAGGCUCAAGUGAGGUCAGAAUUACGAGCUCAGAAGGAAUCAGAACAGAAAGAGAAGGAGAGAGAGAAAAGAUUGAGAAAGAAGGAAAGAAAGAAGGGUGGUGGCAGCGAAGCUGCUAAUGAGAGCGAAAAUGUUUCAUUCUGUGAGAGCAUAAAAGACAUUGUGAAUGAGGCUGAAACAAAGGAGACUGAGGAGGGUGGUAAGAAAACUCAAAAGGUCCCUCAGUAUGCAAAGCAAAAUAAGACAAAACCUAUUCCUCCACCACUUCGAAACAAAAACAAGAAGAAAAUGCAGCAGUGGAUGCGGAUAAUUUUCACAUCCAUUAUUGUCAUCGCUUUGUUCUUGCUGGGAAACAUUGGCUUCUUUGCCAAUCUUAAGAGCCGCCAAAAUGUCUUAUAAUCUUGCUUUAAUUUCCUAGCCGGGAUGGGGACUUUUGGUGUUGGAUAUUCUUGCAUUUGGAAUUUUAGUUUUAUUUUAUCUUUUGUUAGAAAAGAAAAUUAUUGCCAAAGGCCUUGUGGUCAAACGGCAUACCUGUAGCCCCUUAAAUGAGAGGUUUCAGGUUCGAACAUGUUUUAGUGCUUUAAUAUGUUGAGAAAGUAUGUAAAAAGAAAAGGAAAUUGUUUGAACGACGUGGGGUUUUGUAUUUUGCAUAAUGAACAAGAGUAGUAACAUUACAUCAUGAUUUUGUAAUA